UAUUGUCAAACAAAGCGGAAUUUGCCGAUACCGCGCGUUGAAAAUUGUUAUUUUAAAUUAAAAAUCAGUUUUUUUCAUUAAGUUCAUCGUUAUGUUACAAAACCAAUAGAAAACAGUUAUUGGAUAUCCUUGCGAUUUUUAGGAUUUAUCGGGGUACUUUCAGUAUAUAAUUAAAAUGUUAUUCUAACCUAUACCAACGGCGAUUAAAAGUAUUCAAAUUAUCGUUACGACUCCUAAAAAUGCAGAGAUUACAAGAUAGUGUUUUCUCUAUUGUGAAAACAACCAAUCUAUCUCCAGCUGUAUUUAAUUAUUUGCAGCCUACGGAAGAUAAUACCGAUAAAACUCCUUUCGGUGGCAUCUUAAGCGAUACAAAGUAUGGAUGGCUGGCUUUGGGGCCGAAGUUCUGUGUCAUAGAUCUGAGGACUGGUCUGAAAGUAGCAGCAUGGACCUUCUCUGCUGCUCUAAGCACUCUAGUGACAUGUGUGGUAGAGCUGCCCACACCUCUCACAGAGGGCUCCAAGCAGCUGGUCAUCAGCCUGGAGUGCGAGGGAGGCACGGGUAUCAUUGCCGUGUUCCAUGUCAACGGCUCCCAGGUCCUGCGCUGCAUCCAGACAGACUGUGUGGUCACCAACCUGUCUGUGUGCGACUGCAUGCCUGAUGGUCCGUUCACUUGCUUUGACGGAGUGGUCCUAGCUGGCACUAAGAGUGGAGAGAUCUUUGCCUUUGAUUUGAACAGGGCUAGUUUGAUUGAAGCCCUGAAAGACACUGCCAAUGGUUUAGACCACCUAGUAAGAAAUGAGCAAAACAUGGUCAAUGUAACAUUCCUACCAAUGAAUGCAGUGCCACAAAUAGAAGAGCAAAGAGAGCUUGCCAUAGAGAAUGAUGACCAUUUGGCAAUCCUACUCAAUGAAAACUCAAUUGUAGAUGGCCAGUAUUUAUUCCACAACCCUGACGGAAGUAUAAGAAUGAAAGCCAGAAGGGAUCAUGUGAGGGUGUCCACAAUGCAGUACAUUCCUCAGCUGGGUAGUUUGGCUAUAGGGUUCAAUUUUGGAGCAUUUCAAAUUUGGAAUCUGAUGACGUUGGAGCUGGAGUUUACUUCGCAAGUCAAUGUGGAGUGCCUGCCAGUUACGCAUUUUGGAUUCCAGGAGCCGUGCGACGACCCGCGCGCCUUCUGCUACCUGUGGGCGGUGUACUCUGUAGCAGACCGCUUCGAGGAGCAAGAGUUCCCGCUGGCCGUGAUGCACUCGCUCACGUACCAGGGCAAGCGGCUGCUGGACGACGGCCAGUAUUUGUACCAGGACUUCUCAACAUCAACGAUCCGGUUCCAAAUGGAGCUGUCAUCCCUCGAGGGCGGCGCGGCCGGCGGGCGCUGCGUCUCCUGUCGCACUCACUCCAUCGCCACCAGCCUCGGGGAAGACGGAGAGGACAACAUGUUGAACCUGGUGCAGCUGGUGUGGGAGUGCUGGGGCUCGGGCGCGCCGCACCACGCCGCGCUGCUGUUCGACCUGGACCAGUGGUACAAGGCGCAGAUGCCGUCAACCUACCCGCUGCAGUCCAGUCCGUUCACGCACGCGUGCGCCCUGCCCCUCGACCGCACGCACGUGCUGGGCGCGGCGCUGUGCGCGCCGAGCGUCGCGCCGUACGCUUCUGCGCACAGGCUGGAAGAGCAUUUCUAUCCGAACUCGCUGAGCUAUAAUUGUAUUGUACUCAGCACAUCGGAGGCCACCCUACUCAACACAACUGGUAUCCAGCGACAGGUGAUCAACAGUCUGCUCUCGCAAGGCGGAUCGGCAUUGCUCGCGCCUCAUCCGCUGUACAAGGCGGCCGCUGAAGCCGGCCUGCUGACUCACGGGUCAAGGGAUAGCGAAGACUUGGAAGAACAACGUCGCGCCCUGCUAACGGUCGCGCUAGAAGCCCGUCUGUCCCGCUUCCUCACCCGCUGCGCACACGACUGGGCGACAGGGACGCACUCGGGCGCCGGCUGCACGCUCGCGCUGCUCAUCGACUGGGCCUGGCAACGCGCCAUCGAGCUCAAACAGUCCGUCAAAGACCUCACAGCCCCGCUCUUCGUCUCAUCAUCUCCAGCCGACCGCGCCAUGUUGCGGAGCCUGGCGCACUGUGUGAGGCAACUAGCCGAGCUGACCGGCCUGCUGGACGCCGUGUCGACGCAGUGCUGCCGCCUGAUGGUGCCUGAUGCGCUAAGCGAGCUGGAAGAGCGCCACGCGUGCGUGUCGUGCGUGUGCGUGCACGCGUGCGUGGUGCAGUGGUGCGCGUGCGUGGGGCUGCUGCCGGCGCGCGGUCCGCCGGCGCCGCUGCAGGCCGCGUACAGGGAGAGACGCAUCAAGCUGCACCGCCUGCACGGCAGCGGGCUGUCCGACUCGGCAGCCGCUGACACGUGCUGCCCUCUGUUGUACAUCGACCAGCUCAUCGCGCACCAGUUCGGCGACCAGCUCACACAAAUCUGGAAAGCGUGCGGCAGCGCCAACGGCCUCUACCCGCCGCCAUCUCUAUACGCGCUGCUGCGAGUGUACCUGCUGCCGGGCGCGUCGGAGCAGGACAAGCACGCGCUGCUGCUGUACCUGCUGGUCGACUACUGCGCGCUGCACGACGAGCUCAGGGACGAGGCGGUGAUUCGUCGCCUCAUGCAGUUCCCCACCAUGUUCGGGCUCAGCAACACUGCAAUCAAAGCCACGCAGGCCUUCUGGCACCUCGACCACCGGGACUUCGAUUUCGCGCUAGACCAGCUACAAUGUCUGACAGGCAACACUCUGUCGGACUGGCAACAUGGCGUGGUACUAUCGGCCUUGCUAGCACAGAACAAGACUCAAGCUGCCUUGCACUACUUGCACGUGCGAGGGAAUCAUGAUUCAGACACCCGUCGCGACGUCUUAAGCUCUGAAGACAAACUGAACGAAUGGAUGGCGUCGUGCCAACUUCACGUCGCUCGAGGAUUGGUCGCUUCAGCCGUGGACUUAGUGAGGAAUAGCGCGGCCAAUGCGGCCGAGACGGAGCUAUUGAUGACUAGUCUACUGGACGUAUGCCGCACCACGGGAAAGCUAUCCCAGCUACUACAAGUGUCGCUUCUACCUCACGAGGAGCGAAUAUUCACUCGCUACCUGGAGCGAUGCGGCGACACUCGCGCCCUCGACAUACUCGUCAUGUACUAUCUGCAGCAGGCCAGAUACCUAGAAGCGCAAAUAGUGAACAACAAGAUCCGUUCCAAAAGCGGCGACAGUACUCGAGACAUCGUGGUGGACGCGGCCUGCCGGGCCCUGCCGCGCCUCGCGCCGCGCCUCGCCGCGCCCGCGCAAGUAGCCGCGCUGCACGACCAUAUUGUGGUGCCCAAACCGCUGUCAGUGUACGUGCAGGCGACGUCUCCUAAGAACACCUUCACAUACAAGUCGUCUUUCAUACAAACGACCAUCGAGAACGCGAGUGAGACGUGGGUGAACAAGCCCGGCACUAAGAAGGGGUUGAAGCGGGCACUGGAAAUUGAGGAGACUCCAUUCCUGUGCACGCCCAAACUGCACCGCUCUAGGAGCAUAUUCCCAGAGCAAGAGCCCGCCUCUCUCCCCACCCCGGCUAAACGGCCGAAGCUCCCGGCGCCCACUCCCGUCAAGGUCAGCGCGAAACUGUCCCGCGAGAUGGCGCAACUACUGGCCAUGCCCGACGUGUCGCCCGUGGCCAGUGGAGCUGUCAGCGACUGCCAGCAGCAUAGUAUACUGAAGGUUCGCCCCCGGCCGGGCUCGUCGCGCGCGCAGGCGUCGCCGGUAGACUCCCGCUACCUGGGCGACAGCGACGACGAACUGAUGGACACGGCCAGCGUCAACACGCAUUAUAGCGACUCUAAGCACCUAAGGUUCGAAAUCCCGACGGCCUCCGAAUCCGGUUCAACCCCAUCACCUACUAUCGACACUCUGGAAUACUUGAAAGAGAAGGAACUAUCACGACAAGCUAUGCGACAGAGCGAGCGAGACACAUCGCGGUCUCCCGUGAGAGAGAUAGAGAGGGGGCUAUCCCGGUCUCCUAUGAGAGAGAUAGAGAGGGGGCUAUCGCGGUCGCCCAUGAGAGAAACAGGGAUGGAUAGAGGUCUAUCGAGGUCGUUAACGAGGGAAAAAGAGACGGAUGCGUCCAGUUAUAGUACUGCGAGCGUUCGGAGUAUGAGAGGAAGCCACAUUUUGGAAUCACCGCCUAAGAAGAUGGCCAGCGAUGAAUCAAUCAGAUCCAGAAAGACUUACAAAGACACUGUUCGCGCAAGACAAUCCCUCUCCAUAUCAGCCAACAGCAGUCUAUCAGAAGACCCGAACUCGUCUGUCGAGAGCAUAGCGGACCUCCCUGUCACUCUCUUCAACCCGCGACACAAGAGGGAGCGAGACAGCAAGAUGAGCGAGCAAGAUGACACUGUGUUAGAGUUGCAGCACUCCGCCACGCCACCCAAUAAGGACGCGCCAGCCUCGUCCAAACUCCUCUCCAACGACGAUCAAGUGCGCCCGCGCUCGCCGCUCUCGCGCCGGUCUAUACGCACCCCGGAGCGACAGGACUCGCCUGUUGCUACGCCUUUGUUGCUUAGGAGGGAUACUAGAAGUCGCUCCCGAACCCCAGAAGUGAGUCCCCGCUCGUUAGACCCGAUCGCAGAACAACCGAAGCAGGAGACACUGUUGCAAGCAGAACACGCUGCUAGCAAGAGCCUCAGCGUGCCUGGAACUUUCAGUCGCAGUCGCUCGCGCACUCCAGAACGCAUAGACAAAGUAGCGGAAUCUCCUAAACUAGAGCCCAUCUGUGAGUCUCCGAGCAAGAGUGACGACGCACCCGCCUCGCCCGUUAGACGCAGCUUGAGAAGUCGAUCGCGUACGCCUGAAGUGGAACCCAUUCCUGAACCAGCCAGUCCGAAAAGUCCACGCACAAGACGUUCCAAAACACCCGACCGCGAAAAACUAUUAUCACCAGUUGAAAAACCCUCAAGAAAUAGAAAAUCUCUGUCUCGAAUGGUGUUGGAACAUAACGCAUUUGCGAAAACGAAGGCAGCCGAACAGCCAACUGAAGACCUUAAUGCUACGGCAGAAAAGUCAUUAUUGAAAGACUCACCUGUCAGCAUCGAGUGCACACCAAUGAAAAGCAGUAAAUUGCAACCUAGCAGCUUGUUAGAUAUAACCUUUUCGCCAAUUGUCAACAAAUCCGUGCUACAAAGUUCCGUUGAAAGUGGCAUAUCAGAGAAUAUUGAAAAAGAACCGAAAAUUCCUAAUGAAAGUCUAAAAGUAGAUUCAAACAAAUCAAUGCCAGCAUUUACUACAAUAAGCGAAACAUUCUUUGAGAAGUCUGUUCUAAAAAGCUACCAGAGUAGCGUAGGCGAAGUCUCAAGCAUUCAAGAAGAAAGGCAUUCGUUCAAGGAAGUCAAACUCAGCAAUAAAUCCUUAGGAGAAGUGUCCUCUCUAUCAAACAGAUCAGUUCUUAGGGAUGAGUCUAGUCUAUUGACUAGCGAUAGUGAUUUUGAUAUGAAAGAUGAAAGCGUUGAUGUGCGUCAUGAAAAUAUAGAACAAGAAUCGGCGAAGGAGAAAGAAGAUACCAACGCUAUGGAACAGAAAGAGAAGCAAAAAAUUGUUGAAAUACAAAGAGAAAUAAAUGAAAUUGAGGAGGAUAUUUCAGAAGAUGAAUCGGAGAGUGAUGAUGAUGAAGAAAUAGGGGGUGAAGAAGAAAUCCAUGAGGAUAGUGAAGAAUCCAGUGAAGAGGAGAGUGCGGCUGAUGGAGAUGAAGUCAUUUCUAUAGGAGACAGCUCUGAUGAUUCGACAUCUGGAUCAGAAGACAAACUUGAAAUCGACGAAAAGGGCAACGCAGAUUCUAAUCAAGAAAUACCUACAAAUGCUGCAGGUAACAACGAAAAUAUUGCUGAAGUUAAUGUCGAAACUGCACAGGACAGUGCACCUACCGCCGAUGAAGUUAAAGAUGAUAUUUCAGCACCAGUUGAAUCAUCUUCAGUAGAUCCAUUAAAUCAAGCUGGACUUUCGAUCCUUACUGAUGAUAAUUCAGUGCUAGAAUCUGAUCACUCUGAUGUGAAUCUCAAUUAUUCUGAUGAAAAGAAAGAAGAUGAAGCAAAGACUGAAGAAGGUAAUAGAGCGGCUGAGAUAAUUGAACAAUCACUUGCCGAGGUAGAAGAGGUAAGACCUCAAGUAGAAGUAAACAUAGUUGUAGAAGUGGAACCAGUUAAAGAAACUGUACAAAUUGAACCCACACCUGAAGUUUCUGAAGAUAUCGAUGUCGUUGACGCCGUAACUCCAACACCAGUCAUUAGCAAAGCUAUAGACAAAGAUAUUCUUCCAGCAGUUGUUGAGGAAAGAUCUGCUGAAGCCACUAAAGAUGAUAGUGAAGUUAGUAAAAUAAUAGAACAACCAAUGGAAACAGAGGAGAAAGAACCCCCGCGAUCAGCAUCCCGCUCUAGAAAACGAGCUUCUUCAACGUCAUCUAACAAAUCAACUAAAGAAGUACUUGAGAAAGUAGAAGAAAUUCCCGAAACAAUAGUAGAAACGGAAACCACUGAAACAGCCGAAGCUAAAACCCCAUCAAGAGUUAAAAGAACAAAAUCAACGUCUUCAAACGUAUCAGAAACUCAAGACGACGACACACCCUCUAAAAGACGCGGUAAAACCCCAACCAGUACUGAAGUCAGAAGGAUUUUAACCAGAAGGGCGUCUAAAGAACUAUCAGAAUCGAAAAUCAUGGAUGAUUCCAGAGAGUUAGACGAUAGCAUAUCUUUAACGCCUAAAAAGCGAACAGCUAGAUCGCGCAGCAAGAAUUUGGAUGACAAUGCCAGUGUAGCCUCAGAUUCGUCUGUGAAAUCCACUAAGAGUAAAGCGAGUGUGAGCGAGGAAGGAGAUGUGAAGUCAGUGAGAAAGACAAGGAAGUCUAUAUUGAUAACGAAGCCAGAUUUGUCAGUGAUUCCUGAGAUGUCGACGGAUGACGCGGCGUCGAAGACAGAGGAUAGUGCUGUUAUGAAUGAACUUACUGGAGCCAGAAGACUGACCCGCCACCAGAAGUCCCUGCUAGAAUCCUGGCUGGAACACAAGCCCGCCUCGCCGCGCCGCGCCAAGCGGAGUCAGUCGCGGGAACCGGCUGAUGAUGAUGUGUCUUCUACUGGGUCAGUGGACGUGGAAGAUUCAUUGGGCUAUGAGUCGCCCGAUUCUAACGCUUCGGAUGCUAGCCGGCUGAGGCGGUCACGCAUGUCUAGGGCGGCCUCGGAGACUAAAACGCUAUCGACGGCGGCAAAGCCUUUACGAAGAGGCUCGGUAGAUGUCGCGGCCCUCCAAGCGGCGGAGCCCGGGUCGCCGGCGGCGGGGUCGCCGGGGCGCGCGCGCCGCGUGUGCUUCAGCAAGGCGUGUGAGGCCCUCGCCACGCCCAAGUCGAGGCGACUGUCUACUGAUGUCAAGCAUUCCGAGUCAGGCAGCCAGGCAGGAUCCCCUGCCGGCUCGGAGGCGGAGGCGACGCCCGCGCGACGAACCAGACGAGCCGCGUCUAACGCAUCCAAUAGUGGCAGGUUGAAGAGCGUAGAGUCUAUGGCAGGAUCCCCUGCCGGCUCGGAGGCGGAGGCGACGCCCGCGCGACGCACUAGACGCAACGCCUCUAAUGCUUCUAAUAGUGGCAGGUUGAAGAGCGUAGAGUCAGGCAGUCAGGCGGGGUCCCCUGCCGGCUCGGAGGCGGAGGCGACGCCCGCGCGACGUACCAGGCGAGCCGCGUCCAACGCUUCUAGCAGUGGCAGGUCCAAAAAGACUGCAGCUUUAGAUGAAAGUAAAGAUAAGAAGUAGUGAAAUUAUAGAUAUAAGUUUUUGUUUUUAUUUUGUUAACUAUGAGAUGGUUAUAGAUUUAAGUUUUGUAUGUCUAACAUAAACUGCUCCAAAUGUUGGGAUGCAUGUACUAAUACCACGUGUACUUGUUAAAAUAUUUAUUUUUAUACAUAAUAAUCAGUCGAUGUUCAUACAAAAUCACAACAAUUUCUUUCUCCUAAAAUAAAUAAGUGUCAAACAUA